AUGAAUAGUUAAAGCACGAAUACUAGUUCAAAUAGUAAUAAUAAUCAUAAUAACAACUCUAGUAGCAGUAACAGAAUUCUGCAUGAUUAAUUUUUUUAAAUUAGAUUGGCAAGGCAAGGUCAGGAUAUGAAUUUAAAUUCUAAUCAGAUAGCUAAUAGUCAACCUGCCAAUUUUAACUUUUAUAAUUAUCCUGCAUAUAAUAUGCAAUAACCUGCAAUUAACAGCAAUCCUCUAAAUCCUAAUUUGGUAAAUAAUAGAGUCAUUUUUAUGAGGAGAGAUGAUUUAGAGAGAAAUGGUUAGAGGAAUUAGUAGCCAAGUAGGUCUACAAGCUAUUCGUAUAUAACUAACAGCAACAGAGGAGCUAAUCAUCUAAUUAUUGAAAGCUAAGUCAUUAACAUGAGUCCGAUCGGAAUUUCUUCUUCAAAUCAAUAAAGCAACAUUAAUAGUAGCAAUAUUCUUGACUCAGAUAAUGAUAGUACCAUCAUUUUUUAGAAUCAAGAAGAGAAGGAUUUUAUUUUUGGAACAGAAAAUCUUGCUGUUUCAACUGAAAAUAUUGAUUUUGUUAAAUGUACUAUUUGUAUGCAUAUUUAUUAGAAUCCUAUUGCUUGUGGAAAUUGCUUAAAUCACUUCUGCACAGUUUGCAUUAGAGAGUGGCUUAUUAGGCAUCCUAAUACCUGUCCUCUUUGCAAGAAUUUUAGAGAGAUGCGUUGUGUGCCUAUGUUAAAGAAUAUGCUUGAUAAGCUAUAAUUUUUCUGCACAAAUAAGAAAAACGGAUGUGAAGAAAUAAUAAGAUAUGAGUAAGUUAUUAAGCACGAAGAUAGCUGCGAAUAUAAAAUAGAAAUUUGUCCUGUCUUAGGCUGUGGAUAGUAGAUGAUUAAGAAAAUAUUAGAUAAGCACAUUCAAGAAGAAUGUGAGUAUGUGCUUUCUAAGUGUCGCUGGUGUGAAUAAUAAAUCAAAAAAAAGAUAAUUGAAGAACAUGAGGAGGCAUGCGAUUAGAAGGAAAUAAUUUGUGAUUUAUGUGGUGAUAUUUUCUAAUUUAAAGACUAAAUGGAUCAUAAUUAGAAAUGUCCUGAAUUAAUCUUAGAUUGCUCUUGGUGCAGUAAAAAGAUCAAAUAAAAAGAAAUUAGAGAUCAUGAAGACUGCUGUGGAGAAAGAAUAGUCAGAUGUUAAGGCUGCAACUAUGAGUGCUGCUUGAAUGAUCACUUCCUUCACAAUCAGACAUGCCAGGAAAUCCCAGUCUUAUGUCAUAGGUGUUAAACAAAAAUGAAACGCCGAGAACUAGCAGUCCAUACCAUAGAAUCUUGCAUUGAAAAUAUCUAAAAGACAUCCAGCUAAAAAAUAUACCAAUUAGAAAAUGAAAAUCGUGAAUUAAAACGACAAUUAACAUCAAUUCAAAAUGAAAAUUAACAAGAAAUAAUAAAAAUUAACAACAUAAUAACAAAAAAUAAUUAAAAUCAACCUUUCUAGUUUUCAUAGAUUUACAAAGAUCAAGAUAUAUUUGUUAAUCAACCUGCAAAUAUAGCACUUGUUAGAGAGUACAAAAAGAAGAGAAGAGACAGAUUUGUUAUUGUUGAUUUUCAUAAACCUCUUUUAGAUACUAAUCAACAGAUUACCUUCAAAAUCUUGUCUCGUAGAUCUGAUUGGUUUGCAAUUGGAAUUUGUGACGAAUCUAAUGUUUAUUCCUCACGUCGCUACCACGAUAUUGGUCAUCUGUCUUAUCUCAUAUCGGCAAACGGAAUACUCUACUCUUCUCAUAGUGCCAAUGAAAAUUGGUAAAAUAGGUCUUUCUAGAUUGAAAUAGACAAUGUAAUAUCAAUCUAAUUUUUAUUCAAACCAGGUCCUUCGGCUCUAUAAAAUUCUUCGAAUGCCUAAUCAUAGAAUAACAUGUAAAAUAUAAAUUCAUCAAGCAACCAAGUAGUUCCUGGCAAUAGCGAAUAGAAUCCAAUAAACAAUAACAAUUUUGCAAGCAGUGUAUAAAAUAGUUAAUUAAAUAAUUAAAAUAAUAAUGUAAAUAGUAAUAAUGCUGCUAAUAUAAAUAUGAAUUCAAAUAAUGAAGAAAUGAGGCUUAAUGAGAUGAACUCUUAAAACAGCUAAAAUAUUAAUAAUAAUCAAGGCAAUAUCAAUAAUCAAAGCCAUUUGAUUGGCUCAGAAAUGAAGUUAAAAUUUAUAAAUCACACUGAAAAUUAAGAACUUAUAAUUAACCUAGAUAGCAAGCAAAUCUCUGAUGGAAAGUUUUAUUAUUGUGCAUGCUUACGCUGUCCUGGAGAUAGUGUUCAAAUAUUACCAAACUACUAAUAAUUAAAUUGA